UUGAUAUGCGCUUCCGAAUUCGCAGAUAUGCGUAACAUUCGUUUCUGUCGUCGGGAAAAAGAGUCAGUCGCGAGUCGCGUAGCGUGCAUUGCGCCUCGAAAUUGCGCUAAUUGUGUUCUCAAAAUCGAAGAUUCGUUUCACGGAAUGCUGAUCGUUAUCUUAUCGUCGUUUUUACUGAUCAUGAGUGCGGCACGCUCAAGCAUCUGUGAUCGUUGCUGCGAGAUGAAUAACCACGAGCUACCGCAAUACGAGCUAAUAAAGAACAAUUCACGCUCGAAGCAGCCGAUUAUAUCGCGCAAAGUGGUUUCCAACGUGAGCGAGUGCGAGAAAUUCGCCGCGUCGAAGAAGGCCCUCGCCUUCAAUUUUGUUUCCGCGAGGGAUCGUGACGGGGGACACGAAAUCACGUGCCAAGCUCUUCAGUGCCCGGAAGAUCAUAACAUGACCACUCUCGUGCCCGUGGCGAAUCAUAAUUAUUACAGCAUGUAUCCAGUCCUUGUUCCACCAGAAAACACCACGGUGGAAUGCAUUCCCAAGGCAGGAAUAUUCUUGUUCUCCUCCGAGAGUUUGAAUUACACGCAAGCUCGGACUUUCUGUCGAGAAAAGAACGCGACACUCGCGCAUGUGAUCAGCGAGGAACGGACAGAAGGCUUGGCGAAGUUUGUUUCAUCGACUCUUCCUAGAUAUGUGGGCCUUAGCAAUAAUGAUAAGGAAAGGAUUUGGAAGAACGAUUUCGGCGAACCGCUGUCAUGUUUCGAUUAUCGAGCAUGGGGCGAAGGACAACCGUCGCAUUCCAAAGGCUGCGUCGUCCUCCUAGGCUCAUCUAAGGAUAUGUCGCCCACCUGGGAGGUCGCACCCUGUCACAUGUCGUUGCCUUUUAUUUGCGAAGUUAUACCAUUAUCUACCCAACAACUUUUGUCACGGCGACGUCACAAACAUCGUCAUCAAGAGUCAACACGAGCGUGAUUAUAAUGAAGCACAUAGUUGCGUAUGUGUAUAAGCAAAAUCUCACAUAUAACAUAAAUAUAAAAUCCACGAAUGAAAAUUACUCGUAACAAAACUCACAGAAUAUAUUACACUACAAUGUAACAAAAAAAGGCACGUACAUUACAAUAUAUGUAACAUUAAAUAAUUAUAAUAAAAUUCUAAUUAUUUAAUUGACACAAACGAGGAAGAUUUGACACUUUCCU